AUGCUGCAGCAGAUCCUGCACGACAUGUACAUCGACCCCGAGCUCCUGGCCGAGCUGAGCGACGUGCAGAAGCACAUUCUCUUCUACAAGAUGCGGGAGGAGCAGCUGCGGCGCUGGCGGGAGCGCGAGGCCUGGGAGGCCCUGGCCCAGGCGGAGGGGCUCCGGCCCCCCAAGGUCAAGCGAGCAGCGAGUGACAAGCACAUCCAGUGGCUGCUGGGGGAAGAUGGCGAGGUCUGGGUCUGGAUCAUGGGAGAAGGCCCUGGCGACAAGCCCUAUGAGGAGAUCUCGGAGGAGCUGAUUGCAGAGAAGGCGUGGCUGCAGGCACAGCGGGAGGCCGAGGAGCUCUGGAGACAGAAGGAGGCAGAGAUCACCAAGAAGUUCCGGGAUGCUCUGGCCAAUGAGAAAGCCCGGAUCAUGGCAGAGAAGUGGAAAGUGGAGAUGGAGGACCGCAAGGCUGCCAAGGUCCUGGAGGAGCGCAUUCACGAGGAAUUCAAGAGGAAAGAGGAAGAGGAGCGGAAGCGAGGGGAAGAGCAGAUCCGCCGCCAGGAGGAGCAGAGGGCCAGGGAGCUGUACUGGACGCUGAAGCAGGCGCAGCUGCAGAGCCAGGCCAGCGAGAAGGAGGAGCGCGAGUGGGAGGAGCAGUUGCGGCGGUCCAAGGCAGCGGACGAGGAGAGGAGGCGCCGCGCCCAGCGCGCCCGGGACGAGUACCGGCGCCUGUCGCUCCGCGCCCUCCAGAAGGGCGCCGUCGCUGGCCUCAGCUUCAUGCUCCAGGAGCUUGGCCAGAGCCACAGGGAGGAGGCCAGGCUCCGCCACCACUUUCCUGGCCCGGGGCCCGUCAGGACUUGGGAGCGCCCUCUGCGUCCCAUCUCCAGAGAAGUCAUAGUCCGCUGGUUCAAGGAGGAGCAGCUGCCUCGCCAAGCUGGCUUCGAGAGGAACACCAAGUCCAUCGCCCCCUGGUUCCACGGAAUCAUUAGCCGAGAAGAUGCAGAAGAUCUUCUUGAGAACAUGACGGAGGGAGCAUUUCUGGUCCGGGUCAGUGAGAAAAUCUGGGGCUACACCCUCUCCUAUCGCCUGCAGAAGGGGUUCAAGCACUUUCUCGUGGAUGCCUCUGGGGACUUUUACAGCUUCCUGGGAGUGGAUCCCAAUCGCCACGCCACGCUCACCGAUCUCAUUGAUUUCCACAAGGAGGAAAUCAUCACUGUUUCGGGGGGAGAGCUGCUGCAGGAGCCCUGUGGCCAGAGGGACAGCCCGCCAGACUACCACUUGCUGUUUGAAUGA